AUGAGAACUUUCUCUUACUGUUUGUUUUCCAAACUAUUCAUUGGUGCAUAUGCUUUUCGGAAUGUACACCGUAUAAAUACAGAGAAUAACCAUCUCAUUGCCGAUCAACUUCUGAAAGCAAUUCUAGAUAAUCGAGAAUUUGCUUCUACUUUUCUAGAAUUCACUGAGUGGGAAUCACCUUUGGGUGAUAUCUAUGUAAUUCCAUCCACAGAUGAAGAAGAUACCCCAUCAAUGGGGUUAGGUUAUCGAUUUUUUAAUGAUGACGAGACUGCGCUUCGGUCAGGUGAUUUAAAGAAUGUCGUCAAAAUUAAAGAAGAAAACGUUACAACUUUACGAUUCCCGGUUCAAUGGAGCAAACAUGAUGAAGCAACUACAGGUGGUUUUAUCCCGUUUUGUACAAGAAAGUAUGUGAUUAUUGACACGGAUGAAGACCCUGAUCAUUCAGAUUUGUUUCAUGAGGAAUAUAUAGGUAACGAACUAAUUGAUGAAAUAGAUCACUUGACUGACCAUGAUGAUGAUGGCAUUUUUGAUAAUGCUGGAGUUUUGAACUUCCCUAACGACAUCCAAGGCGAUUCUGUCUCUGAGGGUAAAACAAAUAAGUUAGAUAAUACUAAUGCCUUUAUUUUUGUUGGUGUUAGCAGUGUGGAUCCUCUUCCAAGAAGAGACUUGAUUGAGAAAAGACUAGAGGAGGAAGAUACAAGAAUCAUAACUUCCUACACUACCACCACCGUCACAUCUACAUAUGAGAUCUUAUUUACGAAAACAGACGUUUCUAAACCCGACAAUGAGGAACAUUUAUUAACAGGUUAUUCUAGUAUCAAUGGGAGCCCACUCAGUUCCACAGAACCAUCAUUUUCAGGUGAUGGUGGUAACAGAGAACAAAAACACGAGAAAUGGAAGGAGAGUCAUAAAGAUAAUCAGCAAUGGAGUUAUCAUGGAAAGGAAUCAUUGAAUUUGCCAAACAAAAGUGCUUCUUCAACGACACAGAAAAAUAACCCAUUUGUUUUACCUGAUUCAAAACCGGUUUUAGGUGGUACCUACCCUACCACAGAAACUACACAAGAAACACAACUACACCCAACACAUAAACCAGUCGAAACAAUGUGGGAUAGUUUUAGCAACAAGGUGCUAUCUGACACGGUCGACAGUAAGUCAUAUGCUAUCCUUGUAACCUGGAAUUCUUUCCCACUCGUCGCUACUGAGACCCAGCGACUGCUAGCUUCGGUUGAACCAAAUGAGACCUCACACCAAAAAGUUACUGCCACUAAUAGUAAAGUCUCGAAAAGUAUGUUUCCAUCAAAGUCACAAUUCAAAUUGUUGACUCGCCUUGGAAAUGACACUUUUCCUGCAAAAAAUAUGUAUACUACAGUAAGCCCUAUUAACGGUUCUAACAUUUUGUCAUCUGCAAACAGAGGCAGUAGUGGCAAUAACCUUAUGAAUUCGUUGUUGGGACUUUUGUUUGCAGUUAUUUAUGUUAUUUUUUUUAUCUAA